GGGUGAAGAAGGCACAGAACAGGCACGGAUACUUGAAAAGUGGAAAUCAUACAACGCACGCUCACGCUGCUGCAGAUUGUCCUGGAGCAUAAAAACCCUUUGCAUCAAUCUGUGGCUCGUGCUGUAAUCAGCGCCAUGUCAUCCCCGUGCCUCAGCAGCAUCUUGACCAACGCCAACAUCACCAUGUAUCAGACUGGCAGCCACGACGUCCCGCCGCAGCUGCCCAGCAUCGACACCCUGCAGAUCAGCAAUUCAGCAUACAACUCCAACAUAAGCGGCCAGUGGUACAGGGAGAUCAGCCCUCACUGCUGGACGGCAGACAACGUUCUGGACUGGAUCAGCGAUCACGUAGAGGGCACCAAGUUUGACGCGAGCACCCUAAAUCUGGCCUACUGCGCCAUUGACGGCCCUGCUCUCUGCCAAAUGAGCCGGGAACAGAUGAUCGGGGCUUUCGGCACGCAGCUUGGCCCACACCUCCAGCAGAGUCUGCAAGAACACAAGACCAAAUAUGAGCUGCAGAGCCUGUCGGGACCGGAGCUGAACGAGACCUGCCAGCUCCUGGACAACUUCCUGGACAACCUAAACUUCCCUUUGCUCAGCACCAUUAGAAUUGGCCAUGGUGAAGGGUUUGUCACCAAGAAGGAGUUUGACUACAGGGAUGAUUAUAUUAGUGUGAGCCUGGAGCCCAUGACAUCUCUGGGAGACACUGAGUACCUGUCUGAUAACCAGUCUGACAGCGAGUACAGCUCCUCCUCCAACAGUGGCAUGCUUGACUUCUCAAGCCUCAGCUCACCCGAGUCUGGCAGUGGCGAAUCAGACCCGGAGUUCUCCUACCCUCUGAUUUCAAAGGCGAACAUCAAAACAGAGAAAGUAGAGUGUCGACUGAAGCGACCACGGGGACGACCUCCCAAAGUCAGCAGAGAGCACAGCAGCAGCAGCAGCAGCAGCAACAUUUAUGGCAGUCCAAAGAAAAACAAACACGCUCCUCGUGGCACUCACCUGUGGGAGUUCAUCAGGGACAUUCUGAUCAGCCCAGAGAGGAACCAGGGCCUAAUGAAGUGGGAGGACCGCCGCGAAGGUGUAUUCAAGUUCCUCAAGUCCGAGGCCGUGGCUCAGAUGUGGGGCCAGAAGAAGAAGAACAGCAGCAUGACGUAUGAAAAACUCAGCCGGGCCAUGAGGUAUUACUAUAAAAGAGAGAUCCUGGAACGAGUUGACGGCAGGAGGCUCGUGUACAAAUUUGGAAAGAACUCCAGCGGCUGGAAGAUGGAGGAGAUUGGCAUGGGCAUGUGAGACAUCAGUCACUGAGCGGGUAGAAACCAAAAAGCCUUGCUGCCCCCAGACACUAACUUCCUCUUGAAAGGAAGAUGUUGCAGAAAAUGUAAGCCAGUGUUUUUGGCUCUAGUAGGUUUUAUGAACCAAUAUUAAUGUUGUACCUGUUUUGUGUGUUUGAUUGCCACAGCAAAACUUUACUAUGUGCACUGUAACUUAAAUGGACAUCGUUUUGGAUGCUUGUGAGUUUCGGUAAGCACCUAGAGGCUUUUUUUUUUU